GAAGAAGAAGAAGAAAAAGAAGAAGAAGAAAAAAACAACAGCAACUGUUGAGUAUUGGUUUUGACGAGAAACAAGCGCCUAUUUCCUGGUUUCUUUGUGUUGGUAUUUGUUUUAUUAGUUGCCCCUAUUGGUUCACUCGGUAAGACAUGCGGCUAGCGUGUGGACGUUGACCGACAAUCUUGUUUACAUGCGUUUUUCAGCGUGUCAUAUGCUUUUAAAUUUCACAUCUAACACCGGACGUUCUACAUUCCCCUUGCGAUUAUGUGUGUUCUGGUUCUGGUUAAUACGGCUGUUGUAUUGAGUGCUGGCUUGUCAUGACGUGCGCCCGACCCUGCUAACCGGUCACCACCAUUGCCUGCCGUUAUGGAGGAACGAAAGCUAAAGAGAAAGAGCCCCAGAACCCCCACUACCCCAGCGGCGGCGGCCACGGUGACGGUGGCAACGCCGACUCCCACCAGCGGUUCUGCUCGGAAAGUCAGUGCUUCCAUCGGGGGGAAACAUGUCGGCUGCAGCCACGGCACGGGCCCCCAUUCCAGCCAGAAGAGCAAGAAUAAAAGGGGAGUUCGUGACAAAACCAAGUAUCAAAUGGGUCCCAGUGUUCGUCCCAGCACAAAUCAGAACCAGGCGGCACCCAUCAUUCAGCACUCGUUCUUGACGGAUGUCUCUGACGUGCAGGAGAUGGAGAAUGGACUUCUCAGCCUUCUCAAUGACUUCCACUCAGGGAAACUGCAAGCUUUUGGCAAUGAGUGCUCCAUUGGGCAGAUGGAGCAUGUGCGGGAGAUGCAGGAAAAGUUGGCCCGCUUACACUUUGACCUGUAUGGUGAGGAGGACGAAAUGCAAGACGACCAGAGAAAAACAGCCCGGGACACCAACAUGGACAAGUUGCUUCUGAAUCUGGAGGAGUUGAGUUCAUCUAUCCAGAAACUGAAUCUGACCGACAGCCAGGAGAUUCCGAGGUCUGCCAGCAUGUGAAUGCCUCUCUCUUCCAGACGUGCAAACCUGCUUGUUGCCCAUGAAAGGCAAAAACAAAAUUCGAUGCGCCUAAUGAAGGCGUUGCCAAUCUAAUAUUACUAAACAUCAAGAUCCUCGUAGUUUAGGCACUAUUUAUCAUUUUAUCUAACUGGUCACCAGCAUCUAUUUCUUGUUCUAGAUCUAGACCAUGUCUUUUAAGAGGAAGUGCAACGUUCUAACCAAAGUGAUUUGAAUUAACUUAACAGAUCAUUUGGCUGCAAAUAAUUGUAUGGCACUCUGUUGCACUUUAUAUCAUCAGACCCAUCAGUGUAUAAUCAAACAGAUUUAUCAAAUUGUAGUUACAAUGUGGAAAAAAAGAAUGUUUAACCAUUUUCAG